UCUCCUUCCAGCUCAUUCCUCUUCAUUCUUUGCUUCUUCCUUUUAUUUAUAUAUAUUCACGAGAUCCCCAUCUUCUUCCCCUUUUCUUUCUCUGUAAAUUCAUGUAAUUUGUUCAUCUAAGUCUCAAUUUUUCUUCUGUUCUUUCAUCAAAGUUCCAAUUUUUGCAGCAUUUUCAUAACCCCACUUGAAAUCUUGCAUCCAACUUGCAAAAAACAAUCUUUUGGUCCAACAAAUUGGUUCAAUUUUGAGCAAUGGAACAUGCCCAGAAGGUGUUCGACGAAAUGUCGCUUCCAAAUGUGCUUGAAAAAGCGUGUUCUCUUGACCAGAACAAGCCUGAUUUCAAAGAACUCGAUCUGGGUAUUGGUGGAAUGCGUUCAAUUAACAAAGAACAAGACCAAUUUCGAAGAAGAUCUAAUAGAUCUCAUUCAGGUGAGCUGAAUGCUACUAGUAUCCCCAAUAUCACCACGCCGGAAAAGGUUCGAUCUGGGUUUGGGGAUGUGAAUCGGAAGCUGGGUCACCGGAGAUCGUAUUCUACUGGAGCUCCGUUGAUAUAUUCCGGCAGUGGAACCGGAACAAUGGGUUACUUUAAUGGAAGUAGUAAUAAUACUGCUAGCACUAGCAGCACCACCACUACCACCAACAGUGGCGGCAGCGGCAGCGGUGGUAGCGGUGGCAAUAGUUCGGUUAAUUCUCCGAACACGAGUUUAUACCCAGCCGGCAAUAUCUGUCCGUCAGGUAAAAUCCUUAAAUCCAAUAUGAACACUCGUAGCUCCACGACCCGACCCGAGAAGUUGGGUUUGGGUAUGGGUACGGGUAAUUACGGGCAUGGAAGUAUAAUUAAAGGCGGGGGGAGAUCAGUGGAAUCGAAUGGCGAAAUUGGGAUGAUCAUUAAGAAGGCUAUGAUUAGUCAUGAUGUAGAAGAAGUUAAAAAUGCUGGCAAUGAGUUGUAUAAAAGAGGGAAUUUCACAGAAGCUUUAUCGUUGUAUGAUCGUGCGAUUACGAUAUCGCCGGAAAAUGCAGCUUGUCGGAGUAAUAGAGCGGCGGCGUUGACCAUGUUAGGGAGGUUGGGGGAGGCUGUUAAGGAAUGUGAGGAGGCUGUGCGGUUGAACCCUGGUUUUCAACGCGCUCAUCAACGAUUAGCAUCUCUUUAUCUCAGGUUAGGACAGGUGGACCGCGCCUAUCACCAUCUUUCUCAUGGUCAACAUAACGAUUUGACCGAGUUGCAAAAGUUGCAAACGUUGGAAAAACAUAUUAACAGAUGCUCGGAUGCUAGAAAGAUCGGUGAUUGGAAAGGAGUACUUAGGGAAUGCGAAGCAGCCAUGUUAACCGGAGCCGUAUCAUCUCCUCAAAUAAUUGCUUGCAAGGCGGAAGCGUUUUUGAAGCUCCAUCAACUUGAAGAUGUGGAUUCUAUUCUUGUUGAGUUACCAAAAGUCGAGCCUUUUCCUGCUACAUGUACUAAAGUCAAGUUUUUUGGAAUGUAUUGUGAAGCGUAUGUGUUUUACGUCCGAGCUCGUGUUGACAUGGCGUUUGGAAGGUUUGAAACAGCAGCUGCAUUUGCGGAAAAGGCGAGCUUGAUCGAUUACGGAAACAUGGAAGUUGGAACGUUACUAAAACAUGUUAACUUAAUAAACCGAGCGCGUGUUCAAGGCAAAGAUCUUUUUAACUCGGGGAGAUUUUCAGAGGCGUGUGCUGCGUAUGGUGAAGGGCUUAAAUAUAACUUGUCAAACUCGGUUCUUUAUUGUAAUAGGGCUGUUUGUUGGUCAAAGCUCGGUUUGUGGGAGAAGUCCGUUGAGGAUUGUAAUCUAGCCCUUAACGUUCACCCAAAUUACACAAAGGCCCUUAUGAGGAGGGCCGUCUCAAAUGCAAAGCUUGAGCGAUGGGGUGAAGCGGUGAGAGACUAUGAAAUAUUGAGUAAAGAACUUCCGGGAGACAAUGAGGUGGCAGAAUCACUAUCUCGAGCUCAAGAAGCAUUAAGAUUGGCCCGAGGGGAACCUUCGGGUGUUAAUCGUGUUAGAGCUUCGACAUAUUCAUCGGAGCUUCCCCCUAGCAGUAUCAGGAGCCGGAACCAUUGAGCGGCAUUCACAUGGCGAUUCUUGUGGACCCUACAUACGCCAGUAUGGCAAUUUUCGAUGACCGAAUGUUCUCAAGCACAAGUGCAGCAGUACAGUUUGAUGAACAGAAAGGCUUGUUUCAAAUUUCAAGUACCACUGCUACACCUUGAUAUCAAAAAGGGGACCAAAAGCAGAUUUUACUUGAAAUAAACUCAUAUAUAACAAUUUUUUAUCAUUUUUCAUUUUAGUACAAAAAUUGUGGAAAAUUGAAUAUUGUGAUUACUUUUUUUUAUUUUUAUUUUUUAUUUUCCAUGGACCUCAGUUGCAUUGGAGCUAUUUAUUUGUUUCCCUCCUCUUAAUGAAGAAAAUAUUGGAUUCUGUGAGAUCCUUUUUUAUAUAUACCAUUUCUGUUAA